ACAACAAAAGAAGAAUCUCUUCAAGAAAGAAAAUAUUCAGAAUUCUCUACUGGAGAUUCUUUGUGUAUUGACUUAGCACGAAAUAAGCAAUGGUGUUCCAGUUCAAACUUGAAUACCCUAUUACAGAAUGAUUUUGAAGAUACAAAACAAAAAGAUCAUCAAUCUAAAAACAGCUUAAAUUUUAAAGAAGAACAGAAAGAGAAAAUUUCAGCUUCAGAUAUCAAAACCUUGAACAUAUCGACAAAUCAUUACGAACGAUUAGGUGAACAUCUUAAAAAAUUAUGGGAACAAAACCAUAUAACUGAUGUCAUUCUAAAAGUAGAAAAUAAGCGUUUUGCAGCCCACAAAUCAGUCCUUACUUGUUACAGUCCUUUCCUGAAAAGACAUCUUCUUGCCAAAGAAAAACAAAAUAUUCAAAAGAUCAAACUACAGAAUGUAGAUCCCGAUUCUUUCAAAAUUCUUUUAAAUUACAUGUACACUGGUCAAAUAAACGUCACUUGCCGAAAUUUAUCAGAUAUUUAUCGCGCUGCCCGCAUCUUACAAAUGAAAGAUAUCUCCGAAUAUUGCAAAAAGAUGUUGAUAAAUCAAAACGACGAUAUUUCCAACAAUAUUUUUCUUUACACUACCGCCAAGAAGUUAGGAAUUCAAGAGACUUAUCAGCAGGCCUUUAAUGCUAUCUUACAACAUUUUAAUAAGGUAUCAAAUAAAAUAGAAUUUCUCAAUUUAGAUGUAGAUUCGUUAUGUGAACUACUUUGCGCAGAUAAAAUAGGAACAUACAGUGAGAAAGAUGUGUUCUUGUGUUCGCUAAAAUGGCUUAAUCAUAGAUUCAUAGAAAGAGAAAAAUAUACUGUCAAAGUUAUGAGUUGUAUACGAUUUCCAUUGAUGACAAUGGAAGAAAUCCUUUCUUGUUAUAAUCCUCCGAUUUUACCAGAAAUCGCUGAAUUUCCAGAAGUUGCAAACAUGCUAUUAAAAGCUACUUGCUUUAUAGCAGCUUCAACGAAGGGGAAAGAAUCAAAAUUUAAAGAAUUUUCCUGUUCACCACGGUUUUUCCUUUAUCGUUAUUCUACUAUACAUAAAUUUGAUGAAAAAAAGAGUGUUAACAGAAAAUUAUAUGUUCCAUCUAAGUGUACAAAUAUCAGGAGAAUUAUUAUUAGAAUUCAAAGUGUCUUUCGUGGUUAUGCUGUUAGAAAAAAAUUGAAAGAAAAAGCACAAAAAGAAUUUGUCCUCAAAGCUCAAGCUUAUUGGAGAGGAACUUUGACCAGAAAUAAAUGGAAGCCAAUUUUGAGUAAACCUGAUAUUGUAGAAGAGAAAAUUAGUCAUAUGGAGGGUUUUCUUUGCGAUCCUUGUCUUCAUUUACUGUUACAACAUCCUUCUUCUAUUACAUUGCAUAGCAUUGAUUCAUAUUCUAUUGUUAAAACAUCCAUUAAUAUCCCAAAAAUUCACGAUUCUCUUAGAUUAGCUGAUACUUCCGUUGUUGUAGCAAUAGGUGGUAUCAAUCCUUCUAUAAACGAAGAGAUUUCAAAAGGAAGUGCAAUUCUUCGUUUUAAUCCUAAAGAAAAUAUUUGGGAACAGUGGAAUAAAAUGCCAAUUUAUCGUCAUCACCAUUGCAUUGUGCUAUUUGAAGAAAACCUUUAUAUUAUAGGUGGCUGCGAUAGCAGAAAUACCUUGUUGAGACAUCUAAUACCUAGUAGAAGUUGUUUUCGAUAUGAUACAUUAAAUGAUGAAUGGAAUAGAAUAGCUGAUAUGAAACAUGCUCGAAUAUACCACGGAGCAGCCGAAAUUUAUAGAAAUAUAUAUGUUGUAGGAGGAAAAGAUGAUAACGGAGAGCUUCUUUCUUCCGUUGAAUAUUAUAAACCUGAUACAAAUAAUUGGAUAGAACUUCAACCCUCCCUAUAUUGUGCUCGAAUGGCCAUGGGUGUUGCCACUCAUAAUGAUCUUCUUUGGAUUGUGGGAGGAAUAAUACAACCAACAGAAAAAUCUGAUCCUCAUAUAGAUAAGGAUAUCGAAUGUUUUGAUCCGUUAUGCCAACGUUGGCUAUCGGGAAUAUCGCGGUUGCCUACACCUCGAAGUUUUGUAACUUUAAUCCAAUGUCACGAUUUGUUAUACGUUUUGGGCGGAGCAGCUCAAACUUAUUCAUCCGAAGAAUCAUACUUACAUAGCAUUGAUGACGUACAUGUCUUCGAUGACAUCAAAAAUCAAUGGAAACUUUCAACUAGUCUUUUUUAUCCACGACAUAAUGUUACAGCUGUAGCAAUAGAUGAAAAGAUAUAUAUUAUGGGAGGAGUUUCUACUUUGCAAGUUGAUCCUCUAAGGGAAUGCUGUAUAUAUAACACAACUACUAAUACUUGGAUUGACUGCACGCCUUUGCCGAUUCCUCUUUCUGGAUUUUGUGUUGUAACUUUACCAGCAUUAUAAACAUAAAUACUUAAAUACUUAAAAGAUAUUAGAAUAAUCUUUCCGUUAAUCAAUACUGUUACAGUGUUGUAUUGAUUAACGGAAAUUUCAAAUUUAUAUGAUUGUCUAUUCAAUCAUCUAACUAUUCAACUAAAUUUGCUUAAAUGAAAUUCGUAGCUUUGUAAAUAUUUUCAAU